CGAAGGGGAGGUUACAAACAGCUUCUCAUCGCUCGUGCUGUGAGGAAUUUGGGAAGCUACGCCAAUCUACUGGGUCUCUUGGGCAGCGGGAGCUCAUCGAUGGUAUCAGAUCAGUGCAGAGAUGGCUUUGAAGAGGAAACGAGAAUCGAGAUUUCAGAGAGGAGGUCUUCGGUCCAGUGGUGAAUAGUGAUUGGCACAAAGGCACAAUGGCCAUGCAGCAGAGUGGAAGGUCCAAACGCCAGCCCGCUGCACACUUAGCCUACAAAUUGGUGAUCGAUCAACUCAGAAUGCAUCUCAGGCUGCUUCCACUCGCACAGCACUGACUGGGCACACCAUCUCCUGGAUUAAACAUUCCAGGUCGCUAAUCUUAGCUUGUGUCCACAGGUCGGAUGUAUAAUGCUUUCACGGGCACCCAUUAGUCCUCGUGAUAUGUUUACCUCUUCCCUCUCAACUUGUGCACUGCUUUGCCUUUGAAGUGCGCAGCACCUCAGAGUGUUGGUUUAGCGAAGAAGCAGACACUCUGCACACAGUAGGAUUGCGGAUAGGUGGAAGUUGCUCCUUACUGCGACUGAAUCUUUGAAGGACCAGAAGUACUCGUCCCCCUUUCGGAGCACAGAAUCAGAAGCUAUCGGCUUCAUGCAAGCCAUUCUCAGUUUGUAGGAGCCGCAGUGCCUUGGCCGAGCUGUCUAGUUCAUUAGUUUGCCGGGAUCCCCGUGGGGUGGUGUGAGUUCCUUGACAGACCAACAUGGUGCUGCCAGCGCCGGACAGGCGCCAUGUGUGCCUCUCCACCAUCGUCAUCAUGAGCAGCAUGGCCUUCAUGGAUGCCUACCUGGUGGAGCAGAACCAGGGGCCUCGGAAGAUUGGUGUCUGCAUCAUCGUCCUGGUCGGAGACAUCUGCUUCCUGAUCGUGUUGCGGUACGUUGCCGUCUGGGUUGGAGCUGAGGUGAAGACCGCCAAGCGUGGCUACGCCAUGAUCCUCUGGUUCCUGUACAUAUUUGUCCUCGAGAUUAAGCUCUAUUUUAUAUUUCAGAACUAUAAGGCGGAGAAGAAGAGCACAGACACUGUUGCGCGCAAGGCAUUGACAUUACUUCUUUCCAUCUGCGUGCCUGGACUGUACCUCAUCUUGAUCGCCCUGGACAGCAUGGACUAUGUUAGGACUUUCAGGAAGAAGGAAGACCUGCGAGGACGCCUCUUCUGGGUAGCCUUAGACUUGCUCGAUAUUUUGGACAUCCAAGCCAAUCUAUGGGAGCCCCAUAAGUCUGGUCUUCCAAUGUGGGCAGAAGGCCUCAUGUUUUUCUACUGCUAUAUCCUCUUGCUCAUUCUGCCCUGUGUUUCUCUCAGCGAGAUCAGCAUGCAAGGUGAGUAUAUAGCCCCUCAAAAGAUGAUGCUGUACCCUGUUUUAAGUCUGGUAACCAUCAAUGUAGUCACAAUAUUCAUCCGGGCAAUUAACAUGGUCUUGUUUCGAGACAGCCGGGUUUCGACUAUAUUUAUUGGUAAGAACAUCAUUGCGAUCGCGACCAAGACCUGCACUUUUGUAGAGUACCAGAAGCAGGUCAAGAAUUUUCCAGAGAACGCGAUAGCCCUUGAGCUGCAGCAGAACUCCAUUCCGCACAAUCAGACAAUCCACGAAACGCAGGCCGUUCCACAGCACCAAACGCCAACAAGGGAAAUCGUGGACACAUGACAGCAAUGUGACCAAGCAGCGCAUAUAGCAACACAGGUACUUUCCAACAGUGGCCUGGGCACAGGAGCUGGUGAGCCAACUGGAAGGACACGUUGCCUGCCCAAUAAGAUUGCGUGGAUGGGCAGCCAGUGAUCAUCCUGUCUCUCGCUUCCCCCUCCUUCUUUUGGUCUCCAAUCACCAGCCUCUUACUACAUCUCAGGUACAAUGUGGAAAAACAAGAGUGUGAACGGAGUUGUGGGGAUGCUACCAUCAAGUUAUAACCCAAGGUCUCGACGGGACCUCCAGCUUGAACCCACCAAGAGAGGCUGCAACGCAAGGCAUUUUAUUUUCCUCCCCACAGCACGUUGGCUUGUCGUUCUGAAGACGUGAGACUUCUCACAUAUCUAAUGUACAAAUUAACAUGUUUAAGUGACUGUUUUACAAACAUAUUUUGAGGUCUAACUGUAUUUUCAGAGCGAAUAUUUAAAUUAUUUCAUAAAUUACGUUUGUCAAAUUUUAAAGGCAGAAAGAAGGUGGAAAAGGCAAAUAGCGAAACGUGUUUUGGUGUGUGACAGAUCGCUCUUGAAUCAUCAUUUCUUUCUGUUGCGGUUGGUAAUGCUUCAUGUGAUGUCCUUCACUGCCUUUGCAUUUGCAACUCAUGAUUGUAAUUAAAUCUGGACUGCUGCAAUUCUAGUGAAAAUCUCUCAGUACUUCUGGAAUGUUGAUUUAGGUCAUUCUUGAU